AUGUUGGAUCACGAGGAGGAGAGUCUGUCGGACUCGGAUUCUGACUUCGACCCGUCUGAGCUGACUGAUAAGGAGUUACAAGAAGCCUUUUCUCAGGGAAAACUGAAGCCGGGGUUAAAUGUGGUGCUGGAAGGAAAACCGAAAGCUUCCAAUGAUGUGACUGGACUAAGACAAUGCCUUCAGGAUCUCGAGAAAGAUCUGGAGUGGUUGGAGCGUCUGGAUGUAACAACGGCCCCUGUACCUGAUAAGACGGAACAGAACGGGGCGGAGGCGGCUCAGGGCACUGAUGUCAAUGCGGAGGAUGAUUUCCAGAGGGAAAUGUGUUUUUACCGACAAGCGCAGGCGGCUGUGCUCUUUGCUCUGCCACGUCUAAAUCAGUUGAAAAUUUCCACAAAGCGCCCAGAUGAUUACUUUGCUGAGAUGGCAAAGACAGACCAGCACAUGCAGAAGAUUCGGCAUAAACUUCAGGCCAAGCAGCAGGCGAUGGAGAAAUCAGAAAAAGCCAAACAGCUGCGAGCUCUGCGAAAGUACGGCAAAAAGGUACAAGUGGAAGUUAUACAGAAGAGACAGAAAGAUAAAUCUAAUAUGAUGAAUCAGAUUAAAAAAUACCAGAAAGGUCUUUCUGAUAAACUGGAUUUUCUAGAAGGAGAUCAGCCACAAAACAAAACUGCCGGUGCACCAGGAAAGGGUAAAAAAGGACCUAGCGCCAAGAGAAAGUACAAAGACCAGAAGUUUGGCUUUGGAGGAAGGAAGAAAGGCUCAAAAAUGAAUACAAAGGAUAGUUUCAAUGACGUGUCAAGCUUCAGAGGGAGCGUCGCUCAUGGGAAAGGCCCUCGCAGGCCCGGAAAGAAGGGCGGGAAGAAUGCCAACAAACGGCCGGGUAAGAAGGUGAGACAGAAGAUGAAGAGUAAAGGGAGAUAG